AUGGUUUUGCAGUUAAAGGGGAAAAUUUGCCGAAAGUUGAUGGCAAUGCAGAAGAAGUUAAAUAUUCUGAUAUGUAAGGGGAGCCUCAUGGUGACGAGUUUGACAUUUCUGGAGGGUGAUCAAAAUCGUGACAGUAAAAUAGGGAAAAGGGGUGAACAAUCUGAAUUACAAGACCCAAACUCUCAAGGUAACAAUGAGGACAGAAACACUCCUUUCUUGAAAAGAUCAACAAUUUGGGAAUUAGUGGAAUCAUUGGAAGUGUUCCAAAAUAUGCCACAGAAGCCUCAUUUUCAUCCGUUGUUGUUGAACGAGGAAUCCGACGAAAUUGAACGUGAAGCAUCAGCUUUGGUUUAUAUGGUUAAGUUUGCCUUUUUGGUUGAGAAGAUUUUCAAUUCAGGAGAAGAUGGCAGUCUAGCUGAUGUUGAUUUCAUAAUCACACAAUUAACUGAAAUGGAGAAUAUGGGGUUUGCUGUGAAGCAAGUCAAGAAUAUUCUAAAUGAGUGGAGAAGGAAGAAAGUUGAGUUGGAAGAAGUGAAAGCUCAAAUCACAUUGCAUACUGAUAAAAAGGCUAAAAUUGAUGAGGAGCUGAAGAUAAUUGAAGAGAAACAAUCCUUGCUUAUGUCUGAAAGUGCUCAUCAAGCUUCCCAAGUGAGCAAGUUGAUUGCAGAAGCUGCCAUGAUCAAUAAAGCUAUAUCGGCUAUAAUGGAGAGUUCCAAAGACGACCAUUAUCAAUGA